CGCGGGUGAACGUGUGUGCGCGUGCGGGUGUCAUGUGCUGGAUGCGGGAUGGCCUCCACCACACCGCCGACGGAGAAACGGAAUAAAUACGAUUCUGAUGGAGGAUCAAAGGUAGUGAGGUUCCACAGCGUGGACAACAUCGCUAUAUCCUUCAGACCUUCUGUGGGCAACUUCUCGUACGAGGCGCUCUGUACAAGCCGGCAGCUGAGCACAUCUACCUUGAAAGACUCUAGUCUGCUGUGCCGCCACCUCUCCAAGUCCGCCUCUGAGUUGAGUCGUCGCGGCGACAUCCACCUGGAGACGGCGGGGGCAGACGCCUCCACGCCGGGCCCGGGGGCGGCACAGUCCGCCUCCAACGUACACAACCACGUCAGCGUCGUACAGAAGACGCACUACUUCUUCAGCACGCUCAAGGAGAGAUGGUCCCGUGGUCGCAGCAGGGAGCGGAGGCGGCGGCGCGACGUGGGGGCGGCGGGUGGCUCGGGGGCGGUAGAAGAGAGCCACAGUACCGACUACGCCGCCGACAACAGCAGCGAGCACAGCAGCUCUGUGACACCUCUCACACAGUCUCCGAGACAUCGACAUCUCGGGUCUCCACCUCCGGACUCCCCCCUGUUGAUGGGCCACAGACAAUCCUCGGACUCCGCCCCGCCCGGUGACUCGCCCAGUAGUAGACCCAAGGUCACCACCUCCAGCAACCCCGUGGCAGACGCUUCCAACCUGGAGGCUGCUCUGGAGUCGGCUGUAAGGGUGUGUAAUGGAGCUCUUCUGACAGACGAUAGCCCCGCCCCUUCCCCCACCACCACCUGUGAAGACGAUCCCUUGCAUGAGGCAUGUGUAGAAAAAGACGACUUGACGCGACAACGAGAAUCUCAGCUUAGACAACAUUCCUUCUUCCAGUUGAGAGUUCACUUGAAGCGAGGGAAAGAUCUGAUAGCGAGAGAUAAGAGUGGCACAAGCGACCCAUAUGUCAAGUUCAAGGCGGGCAGUCGACUCCUGUACAAAUCCAAGACCAUCUACAGAGACCUCAACCCAGUGUGGGACGAGAGCUUUGUUUUACCCAUUGAAGAUGUGUUCAACCCAAUCCAGAUAAAAGUGUUUGAUUAUGAUUGGGGUCUCCAAGAUGACUUUAUGGGCACAGCCUAUCUGGACUUGACCAAAUAUGAAUUCGGAAAGCCCACUGACGUCAUCCUCUCACUCAAGGACACUGGCAAGUCUGAGUAUCUCGGGGAGGUCCACCUGACAUGCACUCUCUGGCCAAAGUCUCAGGAGGACAAAGAACAGUACUUCCAGAGAAGUGGGAAGAUGGUGGAGAUCAACAGAAGACUCAAGAGUCAAAUUUGGAGUUCAGUCGUCACGAUUGUUCUGGUGGAGGGGAAGAACCUCUUACCGAUGGACAUCGAUGGAUUCAGCGAUCCUUACGUCAAGUUCAGAUUGGGAAAUGAGAAGUACAAAAGCAAAGUAUGCUACAAAACUCUCAACCCUAGCUGGCUUGAGCAGUUUGACCUUCAUCUCUACGACGACCAGAGCCAAGAGCUGGAGUUGACAGUAUGGGACAAGGAUCGGUCCAAAGACGACUUCAUGGGCAGGUGUAGCAUAGAUCUCAGCCAAUUGGAGAGAGAGAAGACUCACAGGAUCAAGCAGGAGUUGGACGAAGGUGCGGGAACUAUCUUUCUGCUGCUAACCAUCAGUGGCACCACCGCGUCAGAGACGAUAUCAGACCUGACGACCUACGACGACAACCCUCGCGAGCGUACCGUACUGGAGGACCGCUAUGCACUGAUGAGAACGUUCCACAACAUCCGAGACGUUGGUCACUUGACAGUACGAGUGUACCGAGCACAAGGCCUCGCUGCGGCAGACUUAGGGGGCAAGUCCGACCCAUUCUGUGUCCUGGAACUGAUCAACGCUCGACUACAAACACAAACAGAAUAUAAGACUUUGUCACCCUCCUGGCAGAAGAUCUUCACAUUCAAUGUGAAAGACAUUCAUUCGGUGCUUGAGGUCACUGUCUAUGAUGAAGACAGAGACCACAAGGUUGAGUUCCUCGGUAAAGUUGCCAUUCCACUUCUGAGGAUACGCAACGGAGAGAAACGCUGGUACGCUCUGAAAGACAAGAAACUCUACGGAAGGGCAAAAGGAAACGCCCCUCAGAUACUGCUAGAGAUGAACGUUAUUUGGAACCCUAUCAGAGCUUGUAUUCGGACCUUGAACCCCAAAGAGGAGAAGUACAUGCAGACAGAAGUGAAGUUUAAGAGACAAGUGUUUGUGCGGAACGUUAUGAGAUUGAAAGCGAUAAUCAUGUGGUUCAUUGAUAUCAGUAAAUUUAUACAAUUAUUGAGUUUUAUCACAGGGCUAGAUCUGUUGGAAAACGUACAUUUAAAAAGGACAGUUCAUUGGUUUUUUGACAAAUUGAACAUAAGGAGCUGUUUUGAGUGGGAGUCCACAAUACAAAGUGUUAUUGCCCUGGUGUUAUUUAUUCUGCUGUGUUAUUAUUUCCAACCAUUCAUGAUACCAGUGGGGAUGCUGCUUGUUUUUCUUAAAUGCUAUAUUGUACAAAGUCUAACUGGAGGAGUGGGAAAUUUUGACGAAGAAGAUGAACCUCUGGGAGAAGAUGAUGAUGAUGACGAUGACAAAGAUAAGGAGGAGAAGAAAAGCUUGAAGGAAAGACUCCAAGCUAUACAAGAAGUUACCCAAACUGUACAGAAUUCCAUAGGAUAUAUUGCCUCGUUAGGUGAAAGUAUAAAAAAUACAUUCAACUUCACUGUCCCUUUUCUGUCAUACUUGUCAGUGGCGCUGCUGCUAGUGGUGGCUGUAGUACUGUACUGGGUGCCUGUCAGGUACCUCAUCAUGGGGUGGGGAGUGAACAAGUUCGCUCGUAAACUCAUCCGGCCGCACACAGUGCCCAACAACGAACUGCUCGACCUGCUAUCUAGGGUGCCGACUAGUGACGACCUGAUUGCAUACAGAGAAUUGAAGCCUCAUCCGUCUUCAGAUAUGGAGAGAAGAAGAGACCAGAGAAAGAAGCAUAAAGUCUCAUAGUACACUCAGAGUUCUGUUUAUAUUCGUAGUUUGUAAAUAACUGUAGGCCUAUUAUAUUUCACCCCAAUGUGUUUCCUUUUAUACCUGAGAGAAUUGAUCAAAGGCUUAUUAAAGGUUGAUUAUACUUUGUACCUAUAUAGCUAACAAGGUUCAUUUGUUGCUGUUGACAGGUGUUAUUCUAUUGUGUAAAAUGUUUAACUUCACAAGAAAACUUCAGCAUUCCCCAACUUUAAUGAUGUUAUGGCUUAAUACAUCUUGCCUGAUAUAUUUCACAGAUAAUCUUUUCUCUUAAUGAUUUUGGUGCUUCACAUUAAAAUCACAAUUAUUUGUGUUUUAUGAUUGUAAGUCAAAUUUAAGCGAAUUUGAAUUUCGCUCACUGAAAAUUACUUGCAAAACAAUAGUAUUUUGAUUGUUACUUUGCAUAAAUAUAGGCUAUCAUAUGCACAGGCUGAAAUUGUCAAUUUGUGUAAAAGAAUUUUGAACCAUCAGUUAUCAAUGUAAUUAAAAACCAUAGUCUGACCAAACUCACUGACCUAGCGUUUGUACCAGGCGACAAAUCUAGGUUUUUGUUGGUUUUUUCAUUCCUGAAAAGUUAUUUUAUGAUAAAUUUAAGUGAGUGAGACUAAUAAACAACUGCACUGAAUGUAGCCAACCUAACCUACUUAUUAAAUUUAUACCUUUUUUCGUAUCUCUCUGUCAGAGUUUUGUCAAUUACAAGUUUGUUUUGGUUCUGUUUGCGAGAUUUGUGACGCACAUGGUUGUCUCCCAUUCAUGUGAGAAAUAUUUUAUACAUUGUUAUUGUUAUGAAAUGGUUUUAUUCAUGUUAGACAUUGUUAUGUAGUGUGUAUAUAUGUUUGAUAAUUUACCUAAAAUAGCUAGUAAAGUAGAUCAGGCUUUUGACUGUUGAUUUCCACAAUUAUUUGUUCAAACAUCAAUUUAAAAAAAUAUUACACAUUUUUUUUUGUUUAACGUCACAAAACACAGAUCUUAACAUAAACUAUUCUAUUUUGCAUUUUUUAGGACUGUUAUUUGUAAAUUUAUGAUCACAGUUAAUUUUAAGAAUAGUUAAAAACCGGUAUAACUCUUGACUUUUCAAGUAAGGGUUAAAUUUUAGACAGAAUGAUUCAAAUUUAUUCUGUAAUGUUCACAUUUUUUCGAGGUUCUUAGUCUAUUUUAUUCACAAUAUAAAAUCAGUUGAUAACAUGACAACUUCAUAUAUAAAAACCAAGUACAUGAAUGUACGCAAAGCAAUGUAUAUAUAUUUUCUAAUAAACAAAGCCUUUAUCAAGUUAUGUUUUUUCUAUUUUGAUGGAACAUUAACAUUCAAAAGCCUGCUUUUUCAUAUUCAUGAGUACAAUGUGCCGAUUUAAACUUCCUACGACUACGAUGUACAUAAGACAUUAUUGUGAUACUGUAGUUAGAUCGCUAAGCCAUUCCUGCUUUUUUAAUUGUGGCUGUGCAGUUUUAUGUGUUUUUACAUGAUCUCUGUAUUUUUUACUUGUUUGGUGAGGUUUUGUGGAUUUUAGGAUAGAGGCCUAAUAUGGUUGUGUUAAUUUUGUUUACCAUGGUGUAUAACUGAAAUUGCAUUAGUUAAAUGCACAAUGUUACUAAAAAAUGUCAAAGGCCAAAAAUAAAUUUAAGUAUUUUUCAUCCAUUCCAAUGCUAAUGCAAUACUUUUCUUAGUUUAGGUUAAUCAUUUUCCAAAAUGUGCAUUCAAUACUUUUUUUUAAUUCAGUACAACCUGCAGUAAACAAAUUGGUCAAACUUUGUUCUUCAAAACUGUUUCAGAGGUUUCUGAAAUUAAACAUUGUGAUCUAGAUAAGUUUAACAUGUUGUGGUUUACAUUUGAGGGAUUGCUUGUGCUUUAUUUUAAACUGAGUAACCUAGUCAUUAAAGUGUUUCCAAUAAAUAGACUAUUUUAUUAAUUGUUAACAAUUGGAAUUGUAAGUCUAGGCUUUAGUAAAGAAAUCAGAAAAUAUUAACUUUGAAAGGUUUUAGUAAUAUUAUCUUCUGUAUAUUAGUACUGGAAAAAAAUUUAAAUAAAUUUCUUUGACGGUAACAAAAUAUUAUUGUUUUUCUCUAAUAAAAUAGUUGUUGUUGUUAUCUUGACUGAAUCCAACCCUGUCACAGAAGUUGAAAGACAGAAAGUCAAUUAUUCAUUUUUGUAUGACUAGAAUGGUUUGAUCGAUGCUUCUACAUUAUAUUAUUAUUCUAAGGUAAAACAAGUACUCUUGGUGUUAUUUUUUUUAGAAGGAAUAUUUAUUCUUGGAACAUUUUCAUUACUUAAAAAUAAAAGUCAUUAUAUAAAAUCUUGCUCAUUACUUACUGGACCUAAUAAAUAGUUUUUUCUAUAAUAAAUCCUAACAUUAUUCGGCAAAAUAAGUUGUCAGUAAACUAAUCAGUUUGUAGAAAAUUUCAUAAUUUUUAUAUUAAAUAUGUUGUAUAAAAUUUAAGUUGUGAAUUUACUUUGUUCCCUUUAAACUUGUUUUUAAUUCCGUCCAAAAAUAGUCGUUAAGAUUGCGGUUGUACUAUUUUCAAGUGUAUCUCAUUAAAUUACUUGCUGGGCAUAAUUUAUCCACUCAGAUUGAGGUUUCCAAUUUAUCACUUAAAUAAAAAGAAUUAGUGUUUCUGAACAAAUGUUAUUGGUAUAUAUAUAUUAUGAAGGAACCAUCUAAAUAUGUGCAUCACUAUCGUCAAUCAAUUUCAUCCAAAUGUACUUUUUGAUUAAUUCAAUGUCUCAAAACAAUUUCAGAUUAUAUAUUUUUUGUACAUUACCGUUAGAUAUAACAAAACACCAAUGUAGAGUAAAUGCAGAUAGUUUUUACGAAGCAUGAUUUAAGAUUCUUCCAGUGUUUUACAUUACGUUUAAUGUUCCUUUAGCAUGCAACUUCUAAUACUGUGUAGAUCAGCCUAGGAAUUUUUACUAAAUAUGAAUGUAAAAUGUUUUGCAUUUCAACCCAUGUUUCAGGUUUUGUCCAGCUUAAACUGUUUUUAUACCAUUUUAAUAAAGGAAAUAUAUUAUGA